GCUGCCUGAAGACCAUGCAAAUAAGGCCCGCCCACAACUGCCUGGAAACCGGGCCGGGAGAAAUCAGAGCCCAGAACACACGCUGCGGGGCUGAGCUUGGGAAAGGAGGAAAAGGAGGCUCUGAGGGAGCAGGACAUCUCCUGCCAGACCUUCCAGCAUCUGGUCUGAGGAUGGCCGAGCCACAGGGCCGGGAGCCUGAGUGCCCUGUCUGCUGGAACCCCUUCAACAACACGUUCCACACCCCCAAAGUGCUGGACUGCUGCCACUCCUUCUGCGUGGAAUGCCUGGCCCACCUCAGCCUGGUGACUCCAGCUCGGCGCCGGUUGCUGUGUCCCCUCUGUCGCCAGCCCACUGUGCUGGCCUCUGGGCAGCCUGUCACUGACUUGCCCACAGAUACUGCCAUGCUCACCCUGCUCCGCCUGGAGCCCCACCAUGUCAUCCUGGAAGGCCACCAGCUCUGUCUCAAGGACCAGCCCAAGAGCCGCUAUUUCCUGCGCCAGCCCCGGGUCUACACGCUGGACCUGGGCCCUGAGCCUGGGAGCCAGACUGGGCCCCCCCAGGACAUGGCCCCCUCUGCCAGGCCUAUGCCUGUUCCCAUCCCCAGCCACUACUCUCUCAGGGAGUGUUUCCACAACCCUCAGUUCCGGAUCUUUGCCUACCUGAUGGCUGUCAUCCUUAGUGUCUCUCUGUUGCUCAUCUUCUCCAUCUUUUGGACCAAGCAGUUCCUCUGGGGUAUGGGAUGAGAAUCUGUUCCAAACAAAGAACCAAGCCCUUCUUGGCUGCUGCUGGGUAUGGGGACUAUAGAGCCUCAUUUGGAGCUGUCUUCCUUUGUAGUAUUGUUCAUUCUCACAAUCCAGGGGUGAUCUAGGCUGUUCGUCUGCUUCUGGAAACAGAGAGAGUCUUACUGUAAUGAAAACCUCUAACAGCUGAAGGACUGGGAAAAGAUGAGAAGAGACCUCUGGGUGUGAACCACGGGCCAUGGAAGGACAGAAAAGCAGACCUGUGAUUACAGCGUUACGUAGCAAGUUGUGCCAAAGUGCUGGAUAAUGGUAUCCAGAAACCUGACCAGCUCAAAUAGCAAGUUACAUUUCUUACUGGAGCUGCUUUGAACUUGGAUCGCAUUUUUUUUUUGAGUUGCUCUUUUUACUACUUGUUGCUAAAACAUUUGGAACAUGCACUUUCAAUUGUGAGCAAAUCUGUUUUGUCUUCCCGUUUUAGCUUUCUCUUUGGAUCUCUUGCUUCCAGUCCCAGUAAAAAUGAUCUGCAUUCAUUAAUUCAUUCACUUACUCAUUCAACAACCAGUUGACAGGUGCUCUGUCAGAACUAGGGGAAGAGGAUAGGAUUAUCCAGGGGUGGCAGAGAGUCCUCCCAC